AUGUCGGGGUGGACAAGGGGCCACCACGCCCAACCGAAAGAAUCUGCGUGUCGCAAGCGCGACGGCACCGGGCUCCAGACAGACAGAGAAGAAUCCAGCGUCUCGGAGGCGAAAGCGGGCGAGAACGGCAGCCGGAGGACACGGAAACGACGGGUUCGGCGUGCAGCGGCGCUCACGAAGCUGCAGAAGAGCGGGCGGCGGCAGUCCGGGCACGGCAGAGCCACCGACGGGAGGUGCGGGAGCUGCACCAGGGGCCGAGAUCCCGCACCGCCCACCCGCUCUCGCCCCCAGCUUUGUUCCCAAGCGGCCUUGGCGGGGCUUCGCUCUCCUCGGCCACCCCCUGCCGUAGGGCCGAGAAUGCGGGAGGGGAGGAACUUAAUAGAAACCUUUGGAAAAUCCGGGCUUUACUACGAGGCUGAGUCUAUGUGCUCCACGCACGGGAAAGCCCGGGGCCGCCCUGCCCCACGUGCACGACGGCGCCCGCCCCGCCGAGGCGGAGGGAAGUGGAGGGGGGAAGUGGAGCCCCGGGCUCUCCUGGCGAGGCAAAGGCAGCCCGCAGCGGGCUUCCCCCACCGCUCACCUGCCCAGUCACUCCCGGGACCGCCUGCUGCUCUCGGCGGGGAGAGCGGAGAACGGCCCUCCCGGCGCGGGCGCCGUUCCCGCUCCGCGAGUGGGCAAAGCCGCUGCUUGCUCGCUUCAUCCCCAGGGAGCCGUACACAGCCGUUGCCCCGCGCCUUCCUAAUCGUAAAGUGCAAGACGACGGAAACACCACUACACAAGUGCACCGAAGCCGACAACGCGAUCGGCGACUUCCACCUACGCCGCUCCAGACAAGCAUCUUUUACAAUCAACUGCUUCCAAACUUGCCACCGCACCUCUGGAGGCGCAUCGGGAGACCCCCCUCCCCACCUUCAUCGCCACCCACUCACUCCCCUACCGCCGCCUUCUGCCCGCCGCUCCCGCCCAAGCCUCGCUGCCCCGCGCCGUAACUUUCGGCCGUGGCACCGCCGCUGCGUUGCCGUUCCCGCAGUGGCGCCAGAAGAGCACCUCGACCGCCUGGUCAACGCGGGACCCGGCGGAGAUGGGGCGCUUUCCGCACGGAGCUGGUCGCAGAGCGGAGUACUGACCUUCCUGUCGCGCAGCGGGACUGCGGCGUGCACGGUCCGUGCUGUGAGUCCCCACACCGUCGUCUCGCCCUGCUGCUCUCCUGUGAAGGGCAGUCCCGCCUGGGGUGGCGGGGAGAGGCGAGAAAAGUUUCCCGAUCGUCCUCCCCCUUUCCGUGGAUGCGUAUGGCACAGCUUGCCCCGGCGCGGACGGGCCGCCCGGCGCGGGGCAGCCACCGGUGACGAUGGAGCAAGGUGAGGAGGGUGCCGGGGAGAGGACAAGAGCCGAAGCCAGACAAAACCCGGGACAGAGAAUGCUACUGGUGAAGCUAUACCCCCUUUUCCAGUGGGGUCUCUGAACCACGGGAGGGCGCGGGCUGCGCCCUGUGCCCGGCCUUCGGGCGUGUAAAGGAGCAGCAGCAAACGGUGGCUCGGCGGUGGCACGGCACCCACCACGCUCCCGAGUUUAAAUAUAAUUCGGCGGCCGAGGAAACCACCAUGGUUUGAAGGUGUGUUUGUGCAGACUACAGUGUGUAUGUUAAUAAUUGGAUACAGUCGAUGAAUCACCUCCGUCCUCCUUCUGGUUUUGUUUUUGUGUUGUGUUUUGUUUCAGAGGGGGUGGGGAGGGAAAGCCAGGAGACGAUGCCGUGGCUCGGCGCUGAAUACCAAUUCCGCGCUCGGAUUCAUAAACACUGGGGUUAUUCACUCCGCCCCAGAGGUGACAAGGGCGGCCUCUGCCUCCCUUCUCGCCCCGCGGCUUCAGGGUUCGCCGGCGUGCGGAGCGGGAUUUGCACCCCGGAUGGAAGACCGGCAACAGCGGGUGGCUCUCCGGGGUGCAUACAUAUGAAAUGAG